AUGUUCUCCAAGGUCCUUGUGUGCUGCCUCUUCGCCUACGUGGCAUGCGGAGUUGUCGUGGAGCAGCACCCUCCCCAGCAAUACAGCUUCGGCUUCGACAACGUCGACGAGUUCGGCACCCGCAUGACCCGUCAGGAGACCGGAAAUGAGUUCAACAACAAGGUCGGCUCCUACAGCUAUGUCGAUGCCCUCGGAGUCAGCCGUGUGGUGAAGUACGUGGCUGACGCCACCGGCUUCCACCCCACUGUGGAGACCAACGAGCCAGGAACCAAGACCUCGGCCCCAGCCGACACUCUCCUUUUCUCCUCUGCC